GAGAAGGCCCCACACGGUGACUACGUACGUAAUGCGUCGUCUUGGCAUUUCUGUGUGCUUUCUCAGCGGUCACCACCGUCAAGCCAAAACACCUGCUGUGCUCACCCACCCCACCCACUCACUUUGAGAAGCUUUCGCUUUGCAAACUGGGAGUCCAGAUCUAGGGUCCGCAGCUUGCUCAGACCUCGAGUCGUUCGGGAAGCUCAGAAUAGACUUGAGACCUUCUUAUUGGGUCCGGAUUGCUUCGUAUUCAGGGCCCUAAGCUGUCUCGACACCCCGGCAACCCGUGUAGACCUUCGCAAAGAUCGAGCAUACGCUUCGUCAAAGUCGACUGACGGAAUGCUGUCAAUACUGCGUCCUGCCGAGCAGGACUCUCCGAACUCCGUAGCUCGCAGAACAUGCUCAAAGGCGUUGGGCAAGUUCAAAAUAGCGGGGUCGUUAGCUCUGCUAAGUGUGUGGGCUAGGACUGCUAGCGCUGUCGGGCUGUCAAACCCCGAAAACGUCCCACCGCUCCACUCCCGCGCCGAUGAAGCAAAGCCAGCAGCUAGCUUCAGUGCUGGGGUUGCCAGCCUAUUACAGUUUCGCAAGUCUGAUGUAAUGCUGGCGCAAACGUUUGACGGCAAAAUCUCGCGCAGUGAGAACCUCGGCGCCACGUGGAAUGAAGCCGUGAUGGAAGGAAAAGGACCUGUCCUCGGAAUGGGAUUGCACGAAACGCAGGACCGGUGGGCUUUCCUGUUCACGGAUAAGGAAAUCUAUUUGUCACAAGACGAAGCAAAGUCCGUCAAACAGAUCAACACCCCAGAACCAUACAACGGCCUCGGCAUGCCAUUCAUCGACUUUCAUCCCGAAAAAGCCGAAUGGUACACAUUUCUAGGGGGUGCCCGCCAAUGCGGGCAGGAUCUCAGAAAGCCCUGUUUCACGACGGCCUAUGUCACAAAAGACGACGGAAAAACGUGGGGAUCUGGCGGUCAACCGCGCCCCAUCGAGACUUGGGCCAACAAAUGUAUUUUCGCUCGGGAUGUUGGGUACAACGACGCGAGCAUUCCGGAAGAUGCCGUGUACUGCCUGAGUUAUAAGAACAAACACGGCACUGUGGGGCAGGACAUCCUGUCUCACUUUGGACCUGGCGAGAAUGCCCUGCAAUUGGUGGAGAUCACCAAUUACGAGAAGUCGGAAGUUCCCACGCGUCGCGUGCUUAUCGAACGAGGUGUAAGGGAGUUCUUCGUCGUCGCUGGAACGCUCGUCGUGGCGGUGGAAGACAACCAUGAGCUGAAGCUCAUGGUGUCGAAAAACGGCAAGGAGUUCAAGGCAGCGCGGUAUCCACCUGAUAUGGCUAUUCAAGGAGGCGAAUUCACAUUACUGCAAUCUGACAAAUCCGUUUUCCUCGAUGUUGUUCAAGGCCGGGUCAACACUCAGGGCACUUUGCUGAAAUCGGAUCAAGGUGGCGAAACGUUCCAGCCGAUUCUGCAUGAUACUCACCGAACGAAAGGGCGUGUCGACUACGAGCGGAUGCAGGGGAUCAACGGCACCAUCCUCGCCAACGUCGUUACAGACAGGAACCCAUUCUCACAAUCGGUCGCCAGUCGCAUGUCCUUUGACGAUGGUGCCACCUGGUCUGCCCUGGCUGCUCCCGCAAAGGACUCCGACUGUAAGGCCGAUCAGGGUUGUAAUCUUCACCUGUACUGCCAAGGCAACAUGCAGACACCGAUCCACAGGGUCGCCUCCGCCAUCCACUCCGAUCCGAACGCUCCAGGGCUCAUGAUUGCCGUAGGCAACGUCGGGAAGCGUCUUGAUGAGUACCGGGAUGGAAAUGUGUACCUCACGACUGAUGCCGGCCGAACGUGGGCUGAGAUUCACAAGGACGCCCACCGGUGGGCGGUGGGAAAUCAUGGUGGCACUAUUGUUCUUGUAAACGAUGAAGGGCCGACCAAUAAACUGGAGUAUACUACAGACUACGGACAGACGUGGAAGACCAAAAUAUUCGACCAAACGAUCCGUCUACAACUGCUGACCACCACCCCGACAUUGGACUCGGUCAGAUUCGCAGUGUUCGGGUCGCCCACGAACUCCUUUGACAAGAAAACGCUCGUUUACUCCUUUGAACUCGCCGAUACAGUUGGGAAAGACUGCUCCGAUGGCGACUUUGAAGGGUGGGCAUCGUCAGCGUCUAAAUGCACUCUGGGUCAGGACCUUCAGUUCCGCAGGAAGAAAGGGAUUUGCAAAAUUACGAAGGGUAGCGAAGUCUUCAGGGUUGCCAAAACGUGUCCUUGUGAAGACGCUGACUACGAAUGCGACUUUGGCUUCGAACUUUUGAAAGAUGGGAAAUGCGAUCUGAACGGACACCCCGACCCCAAUCAACCUUUGACGCGACCCAGUAAUGGAGAGUACAAAACUUCGUCAGGUUACCGCAAGAUUCUGGCCUCGAAAUGCGAACCCGAACUCAAGGGGAAGACCGACCCAGUCAAUAAGAAGUGGGACGGCAAAACCGGAAGCGGUGUUUCGAUAUCGGUGCUGAAAACCACGGGAACUUACAGGCAAUACUUCUAUUUCGACCGAACUCAUGUGAUGAUCCAACUGGUGUCUGGAGGCAAGUCAUCUCACUGGUUGAGUGAAGACGGCGGCAAGGUCUGGAAGCCUCUUCUGGACGGUAAGAAGAUCACCGCGGUUGCCCAGGAUCCCUUCCAUACAGAGCGUGCAUUUUUCCGCUCCGAGGCACCCGCGCAAGAGCUCUACGUCUUUGACAUCUCGGAUGGCUCACAGGUCAAAGAGAUCAAGGCGCCCUUCAAUGUCGAAGAGAUCGAUUCGUACCUACCCCUUCGCACCCACCCCACCGAGAAGGGGUGGUUGCUCUGGCUCAACAAAGAGGCGGAGAAGGGCCAAGCCAAGCGUCAGGCAUGGUACACGAAAAACUUUGGAUCGCAUUGGGACAAGAUUGAAGGUCUGCACGACGUUUAUAAGUGCGAGUGGGCAUAUACGAAAGAUUCCGGGAUGCAGGACAAGUCCGCCGUUCUUUGCGUUGACAGGGUCGCCCAGCCCGCUGGCCACAGCGUCCUGAUGAAGAUAUCCGAUAAAAAGAUUGUCUCAACCGCCAUGGAUGCCGUCUCGGAUUUCGCCGUGGUUGAAAAGUACAUCCUGGCCGUCAAACAAGACCCUAUUCGAAAAGAGGUCCUGAUUUACGUCUCGGAGGACGGAAACAACUGGGCUCGUGCGCAGUUCCCCGGCGACACGGUGCUGAAGCGGGGGUACACCCUUUUGGACAGCUCGUCUGGCAGUCUGUUUCUGGCAGUGUUUGAGGAUGAUGAUGCGUCGAGCAGAAAGGAGUACGCUUCGUUGUUUGUUGGGAACCGAAAUGCUACCGUUUAUGAGAAACGCAAGAGCAUGUUGCAUAUGAAUAGCAAAGGCUACACCGAUUUCGAGAAGAUGGCUGGCGUCGAGGGUAUUGCACUCAUGAACAUUGUCAACCUCGGUAUCCAUAGCGGUGGUGGUGAAAACGCCUUGCAGACUCAGCUUACGUUGGACGAUGGUGCUCAUUGGUCGUUUCUGCAGCCCCCAGCAGAAAGCAAGGAUCACCAGGCUUACUGCAAGGACUCGAAGUCAUUGGACGACUGCGCUCUACAUCUCAGCUCGUACACUUCUCGGCAAGACGUUCGCGACCAGUUUUCCGCCAAAACAGCGCCUGGCCUCAUCAUCGGAAAUGGCAAUGUGGGCAAAUCUUUGAACACGGCCAAGAGCUUACAUAACACUUACCUGAGUAGUGACGCCGGCCACACCUGGACGGAAAUUGCCAUGGGACCUCAUAAGUGGGAGUUUGGCGACCAGGGAGGUCUUAUCCUUCUGGUGGGCCAGAUGAAGCCGAUCUCGAGGGUGCAGCUUUCGCGGGAUUACGGUCGCACGUUCGAGGAGCAGGAUAUCACCAUCAAGGCCGGAGGCAAAAUGGCCGUACAUUAUAUGUUCUCGGAGCCCAGCGGUACCAGCACCGUAUUUGUCCUCGUCGGCGAGCUGGCGACUGGGGAAAGCGCGGUCGUUACUCUGGAUUUCACGGACCAAAUGAACUCGCUCAACGCGUGCAAGACGGAUCCGGGCGCCGGCGAUUCGGAUGUGGAAGCCUGGGCCCCUCAACGCCUGAGCCAGCCGAACGCCCCUGCCCCUACCGACCAAUGCUUCUUUGGCGAGAAGACUAUAAGAUACCGUCGGAAGCAGAACGCUGUUUGCCGCAUGGGCGACACGCCGAUCGCACCCGCAAAAAAACAGUGCGAGUGCACAGAAGCUGAUUUCGAGUGCGAGUAUAACCACGAGCGAGUGGACGGAAAGUGCGUGCUUUCCGCCAGCGCUGGCGGUCUCGUCCCUCAGGAAUGCAAGGACGGCCGGUUGUGGUCUACGGCUUACCGGUUGAAGACGGAAUCCAAGUGCCACGGUGGGCUUGAGCUCCACAAGGGAACAUUAGGCGCGUCCUGCGGGAAUAGGUCGCUUGGGUUUGGCAGCUGGUUCUUGGUCAUCUUGACGUCUGUUGGGGGUGCCGGUUUUAUCACGUGGGGAUUCGUCAACUAUCGCGAAAGGUUGUUUGGCCGGAUCAGACUUCCCGCCGACGACAAUACAGAAACUUCUACAUUCGGCCGCUCCCGCGGUUCAGGCCUCAACGGCGCCCUCCUCACCGUCGUCUCCGUCGGCGUCGGCAUCGCCGAGAUCAUUGCUGAGAAAACCGGGCACGCCUGGGAAUGGGUGCGAGUUCGCUGGCUGGGCCGCCGCGACCACGGAUACCAACCGGUGGGCGGCGACCAUGGAGGCAGUGAUUCAUUCGCCUCCGGCCCGUUUGCGGGUGGGUUCCCGGGUGGGAGAGGGGCGCAUGAGUAUGGAGGGGAUGAUGAUGCCUUGUUGGAUUUUGAGGAUUAUUGAGCGAUCGGUUGGGAGCUUGGAAGUGAGGUCAUCGGUCAUGUCCCAAGCUCCAAGCUAUGAAGCUCAUCAGGUUGUAUAGUAGCUCAGAUUGUACCAUAGUUUUAUAGAUCGGUUUCUUGUGUGCGCUUGGUUUCCUCCACUAGCGUUUGAUGCCGCAAAAUGUGCUCCUUUGCCAAGGAAAUA